UUUCACUGGGCUUGUUUUUUAAGAACUUUUUGUUAAUGACCUGAGCAGUAGCAGGCUGUGCCGACACAUAUUGCUGCCUACAUGCGCUGGCAUAUGACUGAGAUAGACUGAGCAGUGAGCAUGGAGCCGAGAAACGGUAAUUUUAAUGGUGGUUUUGAGACACUCGUUUGUGAUGAAGCUCUGCAUGAGGAAGCACAUUCUUCUCGUGGUCAAUCUAACAAGAAACAAGUGUCCAUGUUCACUGCGAAACCUGGGAGAUGUUACAGACUGGUUGCAGUGAGCUUGGCGCUUCUUGCUGUGGUUCUGCUAAUGCUCAAUAUCGGCCUGGGAGUUCAUUACAACAAACUCACAGAUACUCACCUCACCCUCAAUGACACCGAACGCAUCAAGAAAGAGUUGACAGACCUCCAGGACACUUACAAGGCUGCCAUAGAAACCAUGAAGGAUGCCACGAAGCAGCUGGACAGUGAGACGAGCCGUCAGACACAAACCAACUGGGAGCUUGAACAUCAGACAAAAAGAAGCAAUGACUACAAAAGUCAGAUUGAAACAAUCACAAAGGAAAUUGAAACCAUGAGGUCACACUUACGAAUGACUAGCAAUGGCUGCAAACACUGUCCUGCAGGAUGGAUCUUAAUGAACUCUGUAUGUUACUACUUCUCCUUCUCGGACAAUGGGUACAAAACAUGGAAAGAAUCCAGAGAUUUCUGUCAGCUGCAUGGAGGAGAUCUUAUAAUCAUAGACAGCAAAGAUGAAGAGAACGCAACAGUAAAUUACUUGAUAACUCAUAAAGCUGCAGUGCGACUGACUCGUGACCUAAUCGAGGUGCACUCCAGUUCUCAACAUUUCACACCUAUGACAGACUCUGGGUUCAUUGAUUGGAUGAGUAGAAGAAGAUGGGUGGAUAGAUCAAUGCAUCGUCAAAACCCCUCUCUAAUGGGCUUCUGGAUUGGAUUGAGAGAUCUCCAUGAAGAAGGGACUUGGAAAUGGUGGGAUGGAACAUUUCUUGAUGAAGGGUACUGGAACGAUGGUGAGCCAAACGAUAUUGGCAAUGAGGACUGUGCAGCAGUGUAUCCCCGAGAAAACUUUUUCAAGGCCUGGAACGAUGUUAAAUGUGACGCCGAAAUGAAAUGGAUUUGUGAAAAAGCACCAACAUCCAUGAGCUAAAAUUCCUGCAAUGAUACAUACAAUCCUACACAAAUGCAUGUUGCUAUUGCAUAAAUCUCUGUAAACAUUUGAUAAUAAUUCUAUAGUAAUAUUCCAGCUAACAUGAAGGAGUAGUAUCCUACACAUUUAUAUAAACAGCUGUUUAAAAUGUUUUGCCUUUGUGUGUACACUGCAUUCAUCUACA